AUGGAGGAACAACAGCAUGUCGUGAUUGAAAGAGUGCGUCGGCGCCGGCAGCACAGCAGCUGUGACCAGUGCAGAAAAGCCAAACGGGCGUGUGACGCCGCUUUCAAGUCCGAGCAUCAGCAUCAGCAUCAUCAACGGUCAAUAAAUCAUAGCAACGGCAAAACGACGCCGCAGAGGCGUCUUGCUCACCACCACCAGGACAAGCUUCAGGUGCCUGUCACCAGGUGUACCAACUGCCAAAGGGCCGGUCGAACAUGUACCUUUGACUGGCUGGAAAGUACACUGCCGAAGCUGAUCAAGGGCACCAACAAGAACCGGACGCAACAACCUCGCGUCGACAUUGACUCGGCAUCUGAACAACAACGUGGGACGACGCAGCAGCGCUCGACCUUCGUGUCGACCCAGGGCAACAAUCCCGCCGUCAUCUCUCAACUCGGGACGACGCAGCACGUUGAUUUUGACUUGUUUGAUGAUGUCGAGUUAUUUGACAUCUGGGGGACGCCGGAGACCUUGGUCGACCAUGGGAUAUCCACAAAACAGGCCAAUGAUGGGCCCAUGGCUCCCUACCCCAUCGAGCGCCCAAUGCUGCCUUGGCUCUCAUUCCCAGCAGACAACAACAACAAGCCUCCUUUGGUAAACCAGGCCAGAUCGUGUACCAUACAACAUGAUGCGGUCCUCCAAUCGAUCGAGGAGGAAUUUCCGGGGCCAGAAGACCACGAUUUUGAAGAACAAAAUGACGACGAGAAGGCCGGGAUACAAAGCUUCGAUGCGGUGGACGCAUUGUUCCGAGGAGGCCAGCAUGACGAACCUACUUUCUUAGGGUCUGAUUGCAGCUCCGUCCCCCUGUUUUCGGACGAUGAAAUUUCCGGUUCGCUGCUCUCCAGUAGCACGCUCUCUUCAGGGACGAAUCGAUGGCUCUUGACGGAGAACUGGCUGCGUGUCUAUCAUGACAGCCUGGAAAAUGCUCUCUCGUGUUGGUUGACCGAGAGAAACUGCCCGUAUACACUCGCCCGCGGUGGCGGCAGCGUGGUGGGUGACAGCAACAGUCUCUCCAACACUUGGGGAUCACAGUGGUCGAAUCGAAUCUACACGCGCGUGUGCAAUUUGGAUCGAUUUAUCAACGAUCUACCGGGAAGAAGACUGUCUCGUUCGGAAAGUGCGACGGCUGGAAAAGCCUUGAACGCUGCGGUCAUGGCCUUCGGUGUUCAAUGGGCCCAGGCUGGCGACCGAGGUGGCAUUCGAGAUCGCAUUUCACCGGACUUCACAUCAUCAAGUUUGCACGAUGAUAUGCAACUGCCGACCGCGGAUGAGUUCGGCAGGUCCGUACAGGAGACGCUGUGGAAUCAGGCACGGCAAGCAUUGCAUGAGGCUGCAUCCGUACAAUCAUACAGGGUGACCUUUGCCAAUAUCAUCUUCUCCCUCACCCAGCGGCCGCUCAACGUGCAGGACUGGGAACAAAGCUCAAACUGGGAACCACGCUGUGGAAGUCAGGAGGACACAGACAAUCUGCAAUCGAGAUGGGAGUGUCUGCAGGAGAUCAUUAAUGCCGAUGGUCCUCCGGUAUUCUUGGAAGCUGCAUCUCGACAACUCUUGUCCUCGCGGUGGCAAUGGGAACGGUACAAUCGACAGAAAGCUAAGAAGGCCGUAUCAUCGCCCCAUGAUGCUGGGUGGGAACGAGUUCGAGCUUCUGCCACGAGCGUGACCCUGAGUCGCGAACACCGUGACACGUUCCAACUCCUUACCUGGCUUGUCAUCAUGUUCGACACAAUAUCAGCGGCAAUGCUGCAACGACCUCCAGUGGUUGCAGAUGAAGAUACUACUAUUGACUCUGCCGAUCCUUGGAAGAUAGCCCCGUCAUCCCCUGGUGAUUCGACGGACAAUGAACAGUCAGCGUUAUCAGCGUGUGAGAUCGACCUUGACGGCUGGGAUCCUGAACCAGGACAGUCCAAGCUGGGAGAGCAACGCCGUUCAUCAAACGUUUGGGACGACUUUCUGCUCCAAGACCGGGGUCUCAAAGAUUACAGGGAAGUGCGUUGGUCCCUUGACGUGGAUGAUGCUGCUUCGAUAUUAUGUGAUGCAGCUCCAGUGAAAGUACUGCUUUUCCGCAAAGUAGGCCAUAUACAAAAGUUGAUUUCCCGGAGAGCAGGGAGCGACGCCCUGGAGCGAGCAGUGGCCCAGGCCCUGAAGGUCUAUGCGGAGUGGAACAGGUCGUACGGGAAGUUCAUCGCCCAGUGCAUGGCCAGACACCACCUUCUCCCUGCUCGCAUCCAAUCUUGGUACCUAAUAUUAGCCGGACAUUGGCACCUUGGGGCCAUACUUCUCGCAGAUGUCGUCGAUGAGAUGGACGAGUCAGGGCUCGGCGGACGGACACAAAGAGAAGCAAGGCGAGUAUCUGGCUUUUCGGAUGACAUACGAAGAAAGAACGCAACCGCCAUCUCCGACCUGUGUCGUUGCUCUUUGCAUGGCCAGGCUCUGUCAUUCCCUACAGCCAGGGAGUUCACCUAUCCUGUCAAUCAGGUUGCUUUGUUAUCCGAGCCCUGGACCCUGGUCUUGAUUCAGUCCUUCAGUCGAGCAGGGUUCGUAUUCGUUAGCCAGCUGAACGCACCUCGACGGCCGAGGAACGGGGGAUGGUCGACCGUGGAAGACGAGAUCGGAUUGGCAAAACGAAGGUGCGGUCAUUGUAUCGAAGGUCUUCUGAAUCUUGCAAACAAAUCAGACAUGGCGUAUCUUGCAGCCAAAUUCCUCAGGGAUUGUCUAAGAGAUCUGGACAACAUAUAG